AUGACAGAAUAUAUGGAACAUACCAACGAAUCGUCAAAUAUUGCCAACAAUCCCGAUAAUGGAGAUGAUACCGAGGACGUCCCUAAAAAAUUUUUAACUUCCUUGAAAUUAUUACCUAAAUUUUACAGUUGGAUUUUAAAAACAUUUGGAGCGGAUGCAGAUACAACGAAAGCUUGCUUUGAUGAUAUCCUUAGAACGCGUGUUAGUAUUAAUGAACAACUCAUAAAAGAUCUAAAUUCUGAAUUACCACCGAACGGAUGGACAAAAUGCUCAUAUAAGGCUACCGUUAACAUUUGGAAGAUCUUCUUCCUUGGUCCUUUGUUCAAAGGUUUUUUGCCGAAAUUAUUUAAGAUGGAAUCAACUAUGACUUAUUAUCUCAGCGUAGAAGAUCCGAAUAACCAAGAGGAUAAUGAUCAAAAUGCUGAGGGCCAACAUGAAGAAACAAGCGUAAACAUUACGUUGCCUAUCGAUUGA